CUGGCGAUGUCUGGAUGAUGUCCCGUUACUAAUGGAUGUACGUGAACGAGAGCACUCAGAUAAGCAGUGACAUAAAUUCCCUCUCAUACACGCAAAUAAAAUUGAGUCGACAGUACGUGAGUGAAAUGUACCUUGCUCUCGUUGGUUGGUUAUUUCUUUGCCUCGAGUCAGCGACUGCGAACCUGUGCUUAAAUUGUGCACCAACGCCUACCAGUUUCCCAUGUCUUACAUCCAAAACCUGCUCCAAUGGGCAAGAAUGCUAUGUCAAGUACGUGUUGAAACCUGAUUUUACGGUUAUGUACGAAUUCGGUUGUCAAGAUACUCAGACAUGCCCUCGACAGAUAGUUACCCCUGCUAUAAUUGGCAAGCGAAGCACCGGCGACACAGAAUUGUGCUACAAAUGUUGUGAUGGAGAUAUGUGUAAUCAAGGCACACUUUGUACAGGACCUACAGCAUCUGUCACGCCCAUCGUGCUUCCUACAACUUUAUCAAGCACAGCUUCAACUACUGCAAAGACAACACCGAUCCAAAGAACAACAACAAAAGAAUUCAACCUCUGCUCCUCGAAUCCCUGUUGGCCUGGGACCUGCCACGACUUUACCACCUGGUACUUCUGUCUCUGUCCGGAAGGUCGCAAAACACAACAUAAUUGCACUACUUCAACUACUGCACAGACAACAUUGAUCCAAACAACAACAACAACGGCAGUUCCGACAACCCCUGCCAAUCCUUGUUCCCCAAACCCCUGUGUGCGUGGAUCAUGCUAUAUCGGCAGCGGAAACAAUCCCACAUUCAUCUGCGUGUGCCCAUCUCGUUACACUGGACUGCACUGUGAAAUAGAAACACCCAUGUUCCCCUAGUCCGUGUGUGCGUGUGUCCUGCCUCGGAAACAGCGAAAACAAUCACACAUUCUUCUGUCUCUGACCGAGCGAUUUCACCGGGCAACGUUGUGAAAUGUCUUUAAUUGUUUAUUAAUUUGCAAUAAAUUCAAUUUUAAAUCUG